UCUUUUUUAAUUUCUCUCUAAUUCUCUCUCUCUCUCUCUCUCUCUCUCUCUCUCUCUCCACGUGUGCGAGCUUUCAGCUUCUGGAAACGGCUUAGCAAAUAAAUUAGGGCUCUUUCUCUCUCUCUGGAUUCUAGAGGAGUAUAGACUGUGGCCGCCAUGCGCAAGUCUUUUAAGGAUUCUCUCAAGGCCCUCGAAGCUGAUAUUCAGCAUGCCAACACUCUGGCUUCUGAUUAUCCAAGGGAGUAUGAUGGUGCUUGUCUCCAAAUGAGAUUAUCGUAUAGCCCGGCUGCUCACGUGUUUCUAUUCCUUGUUCAAUGGAUGGAUUGCAGCCUUGCAGGUGCCCUUGGAUUGCUGAGGAUCCUCAUCUACAAGGAUAACAAAUUCAUUUAUAAAGGAAAAAGUACAAGGCUAACAACAACAAACGAAAAAGCUCAGGGAGAUGUUAAGAAGAUAUCUCAGGUUUAUGUAGAUGGCAAAACUAUCAUGUCAGUCCAUGAAAGAAAAGCAAGUAUAAGAGAGUUCUAUGCUGUGAUAUUCCCUUCUUUGCUGCAACUUCAAAGUGGUAUCACUGAAAUGGACGAUCGAAAACAGAGAGAUGUAUAUAUAAUGAAAUAUAGGAAGAAAGCUGACAGAGAAAGUGCCCAACUCUCUGAAAUUGAUAUUGAGAGAGAAGAAGAAUGUGGGAUAUGCAUGGAGGUGAACAGCAAGGUUGUUUUGCCUAAUUGCAAUCAUGCAUUCUGCAUGAAAUGCUACCGAGAUUGGCGUGCACGAUCUCAGUCGUGCCCCUUCUGCCGAGAAAGCCUAAAGCGAGUGAACUCGGGUGAUCUUUGGAUCGUCAUCGAUACCCAUGAAAUCAUGGACAUGGAAGCCAUCACCAGGGAGAACUUAAGGAGGCUCUUCAUGUACAUAGAUAAGUUGCCUCUUAUCGUUCCUGAUACUGUCUAUGUCUCCUAUGAUUCUCUUGUUAGAUGAGUUCUUAGAGAGAAGCAGAAGCAGAUCUCUCUCUCUCUCUCUCUCUCUCUCUAUUGCUGGGCAUGAUGCCAAUGAUUCUUGUCACUCAUUCUUGCCAAGCUUCUGUAUAGGCAGUCUCUCACUGUAUAGAGUGCAUCCUUUUAUAAUGAAAGCUGUAAAUUUC